AUGGCUAAGUUUGCCAAUGAUGAUGAGAUCCUUGCAAUCAGUCAACCAUCAAGCACCAAUGGUCUAACUGUCCAGAUAAAACAGACAAAGAGUAAGUUUGCUUUUGGAACAGCCAUAAAAGCACCAUAUGUCACAGAUAGUACAUAUAAAGCUUACCAGGACUUCGUGUAUAACAACUUUGAAUGGGCCGUCACAGAAAAUGCAUUGAAGUGGAGGCUUAUGGAAUGGACAAAAAAUCACAUUAAUUAUGCCAAAGGUGUUGAUGCUGUCAAAGUGUUGAAGGCACAUGGUAUGAAAGUAAGGGGCCAUAACAUGUUUUGGGGCACUACUGGUCAUUCUCCAAGCUGGUUAGAUGGUAUGUCAUCUACUGAGUUAUUACAACAAAUGCACACAAGAGUUAAUGGCAUGAUAUCUCAUACAAAUGGACUAUUGGAACAUUGGGAUGUGAACAACGAAAAUUUACACGGAGAUUAUUUUGAACAAAAAACAGGACAUUUAAAUAUCACCAUGGAAAUGUUCAACUGGAUACAUUCAUUAGAACCAAGUGUUAAGCUGUUUCUGAAUGACUUUGGCGUUGUGAAUUCUAAUCUUUAUACAACGGCUUACAAAAGUCAGGGAAGAAGAUUCAAAGACAGUGGUGUUCCAAUAUACGGAAUGGGAGUUCAAAGUCAUUUUAAAACUAGUCAUCUUGAUAUGGAUGUUCUCAAGUAUAGAUUAGAUAAAAUUGCAGAAAAUGGAUUUCCGAUGUGGAUAACAGAACUAAGUAUUUUAGACUCUAAUGCCGUUGAUAAAGCUACAGCGCUAGAUGAUGUUAUGACAUUGUACUUCAGUCAUCCUGCAGUUGAAGGAGUACUCCUUUGGGGAUUUUGGGAUGGUGCUGUCUUUGACAAAACGAUCGCUUUAGCAACAGGAAAUAAUGUUACGCCAAACGCCGCUGGCACAAAGUGGAUGGAAUUAUUUCAUCAAAGAUUCAGAACUAAUGAGUCUCAUACUUUUAAUGGUUCUACCUCUAUUCAUACAAGAGUAUUUCUCGGCGAACAUCAAUUGGUGAUCAAACAAAACGGCAACAUCAUACAUACAGAAACCAUUAAUUUAGAUCAUGGCGGAAAAACAGCUACUGUGCAUCUACAAGGUUCAGGGAGCAACGUUCAUGUAUCACACGUUGCCUUCGGAUAAUUAAACUGGGAGGAUGGAAUUACAAAUCAUCAACAUCAUAAGCUAUGAAAAUAUGUAUUGAUGUACUCGCAAUUUAAGUGAAGAUAUCUUGCCAGCUUAUUAUCGCAUU